GGAACGCGGCGGCCACGAGCCAGGAGUUUUCGGUCGCGCGAAACUUCCCCACCAUGCCGGUGAGGGCAUUUGCGAAGGAUACGAACCGCGUCUGGGACUGGUUUUGGACGGCGCCGUUCCAUUACAUCCCUAAGUUCCGCACCGGGACGGUUGGCUGGUACUUAAAAUACGACUCUGCCACGAACGAGUUUCGGGACAACCUGAACGGCAAACAUGGCCUACCUGACUUCGGCGCCUUCGGAAACUACGCGUUCUCUACCGUCGUCCGCAGGCCGUUCCCCGUGACGAUUGUGCGCACGGCAUCGCGCGCGCAGUGUGACUUUUUCCAGGGCUACAAGUUGCAGGGCUUCGAAAAAGUGGGCAGCAGACUGCUCGGUGACUGCGAGCAGAAGGAAAGAGACGCGUACUGGGGCCUGUGAUGAACGAGACAUACACUGGUGUUUUCUACUGGUCUAUGUGUUCAUGUCUACUGAAGCGACAACCGCAAAUCUUUCUCAAUUAUAUUGCUCUGGACUGUUCAUCGAGAUCGAUUGCACCACUUGCACUACGUUCGUCUACAGAGAUUAUAAGGUUAUAAGGAACAACUACGCGAGCGCAUACGUUGAAUGGUACAUGAGCAUAAAAGUUUUGUAUGUCAAAUUUUGAUUUGUAAGACAUCUUCGCGCACGAAAUCCCUCGCAGUCUUCAUUGCCCCGUGUAGGAUUUUUUUCCAUCUGGCGAGAGAAGGCCGCUGCCCCCUCACACAUAAAAUCAAUGUUGCAUCAUGCUUCAUCACCCCCUCAUACAUAAAACGCAGUUUUAUCAUGCGAUUACUUUAGAAAGAUAGAAAGGAUCAAACCACGACAGCAGUGCUCCUAAGUGCGUUUCGUUUAGGUUACUAUUUUAGGCUGUUUUAUUGGUUUAGAUAGUAUUUUGCGGUAUUUUUUUGACGGGAUCGAGAAGCAAGUGGUGUUUUGGAACCUACUUGAGUCAAACAAAUUUUGGUGCAUUUCUUGGAACGGGACAAGUUUGGAUAAACGAGAAGGCCGAGUUUUUGGAUCCAGCAGUUUUUGAUGUACCUCGAUUUUUUACCCUCAACAUGUUGAAGUUUUUCUUUUGGGACGUCGGCCUCAGAGCGACGAUUUGGAUGGCAAGAUAACAAAGAUUGUAGAAGUAGUAGACCC